CGUCAAGCAUAGUAAACAAAAACAUCACAAAAAAUUCAAUUAAGAAAUUUUGUUAUAUUUUCGAUACGUAUCUGUAAAAAUAAAAUAAAUAAUGGCAUCUGGAGAUGAGAAAUCAGAGUCUUCUAAGGAAGAAUCUGUGAUGAAUAAGUCUGUGUCGGAGUACUUUAAAAAUGAUUUUAAACAGUUCCGACGAGUCAUCAACGAGAUUACUGGAUUAGAUGAACGAGGAUACGACAACAUUGGCGAGAUUUUAGAUUUACCGGCUUACUACAAUCAUGCUCUGUUGCUGUUUCACGAAAGAAAUUAUCAGAAUGCCUUGAAGGUUAUAAAAGCCGUGUUACUGGACAUCGAUAAGCUCGAUGAAAAAUUACUUCAAAAAGCUGGACUUUUGGGAGUUAAUUUGUAUUUGGAAACAAAUAAUUUUAAGGCGGCAGACGAUUUACUGAGCAUUCUAAAUGUAAAGUUUGGUGGGAUAUGCAAGGAAAUCCUAAACGUAGAUGUCGACGACGAGGAUGUUUAUUCGGAAAAUAGCUCAGAGAAAUUGGAUGUUGAGAAGCCCGAUAACCCAAUGGAAGAUUUUCGCAGAGUUUUUCGUCUUACGAUGAAUCGCUCGAACAUGCUGAAUGGCAAAAUUGUGGUGAUACCCAAUAGGGAGACAGCAGAGUACUGUAUUCUGAAAGCCCAUAAAUACUAUCUCGGGCACGAUUAUCAAAUGGCUGCAAAAGAAAUGGCUAAAACCUUCAAAAAUGAGCCUAUCACCAUGCUGAAACAGGGAGAGGAUCAAAAUGUUUGCAUAGCCAACAACAUGGGCUUGAUACAUUUCAAUGUCAGACAUUUUGCGUUGGCAGCCAGAUUCUUCCAAAAUUCACUGAAGUUCGAUCAAGCGGGAUGUGAUGAAGUUGCCAAGUCACUAAAAAAUCAACUGCCACUUUAUUGUGUGGGAGCAACGAAACGCACCGAGAUUUUAUACAAUCUGGGACUGUCGUUGUUGCAUUUGGAAAGACCCAAACAUGCGUUUGAAUGUUUUUUGGUUCCUUUACAGAGUUAUCAGAAUAAUCCGCGUUUAUGGCUCCGUCUUGCCGAAUCGUGCAUCAUGGUUCAUCGACAAGCUCUAAAGGAAAAAGAACCAAAGCAUAUUGUAUCUGAAGUAAUUGGAAGCGGGGCUCACCGAAAAUAUAUUUUGAGUCCAGCAAUAAGCAAGUAUAUUCCGAAUGCUCAUCAAUCAUUUGCAAUACCAUCACCGACGAUCGAAUUCGCUAAUUUGUGUCUGCGAAAUGCCCAAACUUUGAUAGAGCAUCACUCGAAUGUGUUAAAAUCCAUGAAAAAGCAACCAGAAACAAUUGAUGAGGGAAUUCCUUGUGAUCCUUCGCGUCCACUGACAUUAGAAGCUUUUGAAAAAUUGAAAAUUGCCGUGUUAUCUGCUUACAGUUAUGUUUUGUUGUCCAUUGGAGAUUAUAUAAUGGCUCUAAAAUAUGCAAAGGAAUUGCUGAACUUAGAAAAUGUUCCAGAAAGUUAUGUUGUACUUGGACAUUUGUAUGCAGCAGAAGCUCUUAUUAUGAUGAAUAAACCAGCAGAAGCCUGCAUGUAUUUAGAGCCGAAAUUUAUAAAAGACUUAAAGGGAGAUGAUUUUGAAACAAAAAACUGGGGUGUGAAAAGUUUAGAAGCCGCCCAAUCUAUUCUUACGUACAAUUUGGCAGCUACAUUAGCUAUUCAAGGAGAACUAAAUUUGUCGAACAAGAUAGCAAGUGCUUGCAAACAUCCAAUUGUAUUUCCUCGUCUCAAGAUUCUCAAAAUGUAUCUUGAGCUACAAUCGGGUAAUAUUGAUAAUUGCAAGCACAUGAUUCGACUAGACACUCCUCAAUAUUAUUAGGCAGUAAUUUUCCAAGUUCAAAAAAUAAACUUUUUG